CCAAAGGGCAGUCAAAAGUCCAAACACAUUUUGUGUGGAGUUAUGUGUCGGCCAGACCAGAAAAUCUUCACUGUGCAGUUUGAGACAGAAACUAUCAUUCCGGGAUUGGGAGCUGCCAUCAACCAGCUGAAGGAGAGUGUGGCAGAAUGGGAAGAUCCAAUCCUUCUCGGAGCCACGUAUGUCAAGCGGGUGUUCCUUAGCCCCGAGGUGGUGGAUGAAGUGCUGCCUGGGAAGACCAUUAUUCAAGACUGGGCUCCGUACAAGCCAUUGGAGAGCAACCUAGAGAAGUUAGUGAGGCAAGACCUCAUUUGGAUAGUCGACGACAAAGAAGAGCCCAGGGUCAUCAGCCUAGGCACUGCCCCCUAAGGGUACCCUUUGGGACCGGCUAGCACCUGCUGAACAUUGAUAUAUUUGGGAAGCAUUUCCCCAGGGUCAGGAACCAGUUCCUCGCUCAGAUGCAGCAAAGGAUCAGCACCUUGGAGGGCCCAGUAUACUGUGUUUUGAGCUUUGAAUCAUCCAUGUUAUCCUUCUGCCAGACUGUAUUAGGACUCCACAUGGAUAGAGACAUUGAGGAGCAAAGCUUGCUGGAGACAGAUAUGUAGACCUGUAAGAGAAAGAGCCCCCUACACUGCUAUUGCCAGUCCUUUUGUUGCUUCUGGGCUCAGGAGUUUGUCCGCUGUCUCCUCCUGUCACGCUAUUACCUCAGAAUCAAGGGUAUUGUAGAUUCAAGUCCCACUCCAGGGCUUUGAAAGCCAACAAGCCCAAUGGCAGACAAGUGUUGAAUUGUUCAGUGUUUGCUUGCACAGGUCUUGACUACAUGAGCUUGGAUGUGGAUUCAGUGAAGCAAACAGACACCAAUUUCAAAAGACUCUUGUAAAUAAACCUGUUACAUGUUCUGAAACUUGUCACCCCUGAAUUUCUAUGAAAUUUACAGUAAGAACUGCAGGCAGUGGAGUGGGAUGUUAAGGUAAGAAUGCCUACUCAGGCCUGAUUGUCUU